CCUUAAAUAUGGAGGGAGUCGGUAUUUUGAUCUAUUCACAAAACACGGAAAUCAAACCCCCCCGGUCUAUAAAGAACUCACACAGCCUCGAUCCAUUCCGUUCCGACUACUGCGCAUCCUCUCCCGAUAUCCCCAGUAUUUCUUCCGCUUGGCCUUCGCGUUUCAUUCGACAUCGCCUUCUCAUUGCGAUCUUCUUCACGGAUUCCAAUUCAUCUUGGAUCCCCGAGAUCGAUAUAAAGCCGGCGUUCUAUUUCGAUUGCGGCUCAUCAAUCGGAAACAAUGGAGUGUUCUGGGAUUAUGGUCUUUGGGCUAGCAUUUGAUCCGAUUUUCUUCUAUUUUUUCGCCUUUUACGGUACUGGUAGAAACCCUAAGACUUGCUCUAUAUUUUGUUCUUCCUUCGUUUUUUUGUAAGGUCUAUCUGAUCCUAGUUUGGAGAGCUGUUGAAAUGUGGAAGAAGCUAGAGCGUGUCUUAUAAGAAGGAAACCUAAUGCUUCCCACUUCGUUUUUGUGCCGUCUUCUCUUUUGGUAGUGUUCAUUGAUUCUUGAUUUGGCAUUCUUAUUCUUCAUUUUCCUUUUGUUCUGUGCCAGUUUAUUAGAUUCAGAUAUUGAAACAAAAGCAUGUCUAGUAAGAAGGAAGAGAAGUCGCAAGCUGCUGCUGAAAGGAUUAAGGCCGCUGCUCUUAGUGCAGCAAAGGGGCUCAGUCGUGCUCAGGCUGAACGAGCAGCUGCGGCUGCUGCUCGAAAUGUUAAUGCUUAUGGGCAGAAGGAAGAAGGGCCUAGCAGAUGGCAGGAGAAAAGGGAAGCAAAGAGGCAGAUGUAUUUGAUGAGUACUGAAAAAGCAGUCAGAUUGGGUGAAAGAAAGGACCUUAAGGGCUCUAUGUCUUGCGCUGGUGGAGGUGCUGCUGCACAGUGCCAGAAAUGUUAUCAGGUGGGGCAUUGGACGUAUGAAUGCAAAAACGAACGAGUUUACAUAUCUCGGCCAUCUCGAACUCAACAACUUAAGAAUCCCAAGUUGAGGAUGAAGAUGGCAGCCUCUUAUGAUCUGGACAACCCGGAUUCUGAUAUGAAGAACGAGAAGAAGAAGACUGAGAAGCAUUCGAAGAAGAAAAGCAAAAGAAAGCAUGGGCGGUCCAGUAGCGAUAGUGAGGCCUCUGCUUUAGAGACUGAAAGUGGGUCAUCAUCAGUUUCUGGAAGCAGUUCAGAUUACAGUUCUUCAUCUGAAUCUGAAUCAGAGAGGAGUCGGAGAAGGAGAAAGAAGCAGAAAAGGGAGAGAAGAAAGAGGAGGUACAGUUCAUCUUCUGAAUCUUCUGAUUCUGACUCCGGUUCUGAAUCAGAAUCUGAUUCCGAUGAUGAACGUAGUCGGAGGAAGAGCCGAAGGCACAGCAGAAGGCGCUAGGAUAACCGUAAUCCAUCUGAUUGAAAUGAAAUUACAAAGCUCCAUAUAUAUGCAACUCUGGUCAUUCUAGAGAUUUUGAGUUCAUUUAGUUUCUUGUUUCUAGUUCAAGAACAAACGUGGGAAUUCUUUUGAUGCUAA